CACAAGCCCGUGCGCUUCUUUCAAAGAGUUUUGAGUGAACACGCGCUCCUUCAGAGGCUGAGAGAAACCAUCAGAUGACCGGCUGAUGCGCUGCUUUUCUGCUGACAUCAAAUUAGUGCGGAGCAGUCAGCAGACGUGUGGCGAAACGAUCGCAAACCCGUGCGUAAUUGCCGCGCCUUUUCUCCUCUCGGUUUGUCAGUGACACUUGAUUUGCACGAAGCGCAUUAAAACGAGCAGACUGAUCGGGGAUAAAGAUGUCAACGAUCAGAAUGGUCUCAUCGUUGCUGCUGCUGGUGCUCAUACAGUCCGGCGCUCGUUGCGCACGGAGGUUCAGGGGUGGCCGUAACCCGCAGCCGCGACGCGCGCCACCGCCUCCCACGUACCGGGCGGACCGGGGCGAUACCACGGAGAGCUUCCCUCUGGAUUUCACCGCCGUGGAGGAGAACAUGGAUAACUUCAUGACGCAAGUGAAGAACCUUGCGCAGUCGCUUUAUCCGUGCUCGGCGCAGAAGCUCGACUACGACAUGAGACUGAACUUUUUGGAGAAUACAUCAGUCACCUGUAACGACGGCAGUGCCGCGGGGUACUACCUGAAAGAAUCUCGAGGCAGUAGACGGUGGUUGAUAUUCUUAGAGGGCGGUUGGUACUGCUUCAACAAACAGAACUGUGACAGCCGCUAUGAGACCAUGAGAAGAUUGAUGAGCUCAUCCCAGUGGCCCCAGACCAAAACAGGCACGGGGAUCCUGUCUCCACUGCCUGAGGAAAACCCUCACUGGUGGAAUGCCAACAUGGUGUUCGUCCCAUACUGUUCCAGCGAUGUGUGGAGCGGCACCGCAGCCAAAACAGAGCAAAGUGGCUAUGCCUUCAUGGGCUCGUUGAUUAUUGAGGAAGUUGUGAAGAAUCUGCUCGACAAAGGUCUGGAAAAUGCCAAAGUUCUCCUGCUCGCUGGAAGCAGUGCGGGUGGUACUGGGGUCUUGCUGAAUGUGGACCGUGUGGCAGAGCUGCUGGAGGGACAGGGCCACACUGGGAUACAUGUGCGAGGCUUAUCUGAUUCUGGCUGGUUCUUAGACAACAAACAGUACCAUUGCACCGACUGUGUGGACACUGUCGGUUGUGCUCCCACAGAGACCAUCAAGAGAGGCAUCAAGUACUGGGGCAGUAUAGUGCCGGAGAAGUGCAAGCAGACCCAUGAAGGCCAGGAGUGGAACUGUUUCUUUGGAUACAGAGUAUUUCCAACAAUAAAAAGUCCAGUGUUUGUGGUUCAGUGGCUGUUUGAUGAGGCCCAGCUGACUGUUGACAACAUCCAGUUAACUGGCCAGCCUGUGCAGGAAGGCCAGUGGCGCUACAUCCAAAACCUUGGCAUUGAGCUGAGGAACACACUGAAAGAUGUCCCAGCUAUGUUUGCUCCAGCGUGCCUAUCACAUGAAGUCAUCACGAGAAAUUACUGGAUCGACGUGCAGGUUAAAGGCACCUCUUUGCCCAGGGCGCUGCAUUGCUGGGACCGCAGUCUCCAUGACAACAGGAAUAACAAGGCUCCACCCAAAGGCUGUCCUGUGCACUUGAUUGACAGCUGCCCAUGGCCACAUUGCAACCCGACCUGCCCCACCAUCAGAGACCAGUUCACAGGACAGGAGAUGAACGUCAUUCAGUUCCUCAUGCACAUGGGCUUUGAUGUGCAGAAGAUGGCCCAGCAGCAGGGCAUGGACCCCAGCAAGCUACUGGGCAUGCUCAGCAGUGGCAGCUAAAGUGACGCAUGCACACACAGUACCUGAAAGCUAAGCCUGAUCAGGGCUCGCUGGUCUCUCUGGCCAGUCUCCCACGGCAAUACCUCCAAAAUACCCGUUCCCAUUAACAACCUCAUCGUUCUACCCAGCCUGCACCUGGCUACCCUCCGAACGCCUGCUUACCCAAAACCUCCAUCUGACAUUUUAUCCUAUAACCGCUUUCACUCACAAAGUAAUUCACCAAAGGUGACACGGUGCCAAUAUGCAAUAGUGACGAGGCAUAACUCUCCCCCAUGCUCCACUUAAAUAAUCUUUGGCUUUGUAAAAGAAAUUUCAUGAAUGUAAUUCACUUUCAAGGAGGGUCAAUAACAUUUUUGUUUAAAUUAUUAUUAAAAAAAACAGAUUAGCCAGUGUUAAAACACAAAUUUCUACAUUUAGUUAAAGGACCAUGCUGGCAAUUUUGAUGCUUUAAUGCAAUAUAUUAUUAUAUAUAACAAUAUACAGUAUAUAUUCAAAUACUAUUACUAUUAAUACUAAUACUGUACUAUUUUCAAACCAUAUAACUGGAACAGAGAAGUUAAAGUUGCCUUUUCUCUAUACUACUAGGUUCAAAUCAAUUUACUGAUCUUUUGAAUUUCAGCUCAGAAAUAAAUAAAUAAAUAUAGACCACUAAUACAGUUUAAAAAAUAAUUUGUUAUGGAUAAUUGUUUUAUUCCACUUAUUUGAUUUAGAAAAUGUCUGCAGGUAACAUAAAGGGCUUGAAUACACAGCACGGUUUCAGGCACUCUGCAGUUUUGAUAAAAGUGCAGUGUUUGAUGUUUUUCAAUUCUGUAAUCAAUGAGCAAAAAUACAUUGAAAUUAGAUUUCAUUACAAUUACCAAUUAUCAAAUUACAAACCUUGUUUAAUUAAAAAACUUAAAACACUGAUUUCUUUUUAAAUGUGCUGCUCAAUGACACGACAGGCAGUUAUAACUCAAAUUAUAAAUACAAGCUGACUUUUUUUACAAAUUCACCUAUGUAAUCAACAACAAGACUCAGAUGUGCACUAUAAAAGCCAGAUUGGACCAGAUUUUACUUUUUAAUUUUUGAUAACUGAUCAAGUAAUUUUUCCCAAUAUUGGACUGAAACUAAUACAUUAUUUUGGAUCGACACACCCCUAACAGCAACAACAACAACAACUAAAUAAGUAAAUAAAUCACAUACACAUUCUACAAAUUUGUUUUAAAUAUUAGACAUUUAAUAAACUUUCACUACUUUAAAAAACUUUUGCACAAUACUUUAUAUUGUCCAACAACAUCAAAAUGCCUUUUUUGAUGCUUUAAAGUGGAUGGCUUUUUGUGUACUCACUAUAGAGUGUAAGGGUAUCAAACUACCAACCUGGGAGUCAAACAAACAAGCAAAAACAAAGAGACACUCCAUAAAUCUUUUUUUUUUUUUUUUUCUGGAUCAGGGUAACCUGGACAGUAACCCCUAGAUCAAGUGAGUUUGAGGCCCCAGAUAUAAGAUUAUUCAAAACAUUUUAUAGUCAGAUUACAUUGUUCAUCAUGCAAUAAUGUUUAUCAAGGUAACAACAGGGGCAUGUGAUAAGGUAAGAAAAGCACUGGAUUAUAAAGAGAUACAAAGAUAUUCUGGAUUUGACUCUGCAGCAGUGGUUGGACAAUGGAAAGAAUGAUAAAAAAAAGACAGCACAACCAAAUCCAGAGAAGACAUC